CACAGGCCUACAUCAAUUUCAUCAUUCAAAUGUCAAGUUGCAAAGGUUAAUUCAUGGGACGAAUAGAGAUGUGCGCGCACACGUGUGGCUGUGUGUGUAAAAAAAGGAGUAGGAACCAAGCGCGCAGGACAAGGAUACAGUUACUCCCGGUAAGGGAUCUCUUUGACCGCCAUAGAUUCUGUUUCUCUUUCCGUGUCUCUUACACAUGAAUAUUUGCAUUAUCACACUGAGACCAUCGGCCAUUUUUUCCUUAUUUUUUUCGUUUAGUCUGGUUAUGAGUAUUUAUCCUUUUUCAUACUAUAGAAUAAACUAAUGGUGAUCGCCGAGCGCGCCCGGCGGUCGCUGCCCGGCGUCGUGUUACCUUCAUCCGGGCACAAUGGGUUCGUAAGAUGCCUUCUCUGUGGAAACGGAUAAUAUUCUCGGUGGCCUCGUUGCUGUGUGUUGGCUCGGUGAUCCUCCUGGUGGUGGCCCUAUCUACGGAGCGGUGGGUUACCGGGCGGAUCCUGUGUAAAACUGGGGCGGAUAUAGUGAACGCAUCCCAUCCUGAGCUAGACCAGUUCAUCGGACACAUUUACUACGGUUUGUUCCAGGGAGGAAAAACCAAGAAGUGCGGACUCGGAAAUAGGCGCUCUAAAAUCUACAUUUUCCCAAAGCUUGUGCGGACCCUGAACGGUGGCCUUCACAUGAUGGUGAUUCUUUUCCUGCUGGUGGCUGUGGGCUUCGCACUGGUCAGUCUGUCUUUUAGCAUUUACAAUGCACGCAAGGUCCCCUACCAGAGCAUCAAAGGUCACAAGGGACUCUAUCUGUGGAACUUCAUUGCUGCUCUUUUUGGUGCCCUGGGUGUUCUGUGUUUCCUGGCAGCUGUGAGACACCACAAUCUGACUGAGCAUGUGGCAAACUAUCAGGAAAACCUCUUCGUCCUCGUUGUCCUAGAUGACACUUUGGACUGGUCUUUCUGGCUUGGUGUCGGCAGCAUUGCGACUCACUUUGCUGUCUGUGGAGUGGUUGCCAUGAGUCGCAUUAAACUGCCCAAACCAGAGGUCAAAAAGCCUGAAGAACCCACUAUCUCUGCUCUGGAUCUGCUCUACUGAAGCAGACCAGAAAGCUUCAUUGGCAUUUCCAUCGCUAACGGUUGAUCAAAGACAAGAAAAAGAGGCAAACGGCAAAUCGAGCCCUACUCUGUGCCAGUGCUGUACUGUAUAGUUUAUAGGCUAAUGGCAGCCUCAUGACAUGCAUCUAAUGCAAAUUCUUACCUUACAUAUAAUUUUCUUACCCUGCGAUGGACUGGCGACCUGCCAGGGUGUACCCUGCCUCUCAUCUGCUAAUUGCUGGGAUAGGCUCCAGCUUCCAGGUGACCAUGGCGGCCUAGAAAAUGAAUGAAUGAAUAUGAUUUUCAUGUCAUGUAAAUUUAAAUUUAUUUCAGUUAGAGUUGUUUGAAGGAUUCAAGCAUGAAUCAAGAAUGUUAAUUUGUUAAAAUUGCUAUCUUUUAAUAGGUUGCUGCAAGUUCCUGGUUAAUAAAGCACAUUAUUUUUGGAAUUGAAAUUAAAGUUUUGCUUAAGACUCGUGAAUCUGUGCUGCAUACAUUUUCUAUUCUUAGACCAUUGAUUUAGAACAAAAACAACAAAUGCUAUAAAAGAGAGUGUGGACAAAUAUCAAUAAGAGCAACAGAAGAUCCGAGAUCCUUCUGCCAGGAGAGUAAAUGUUGAAAAAUAAAGUAAAUGAUAUGAAGAAAUAAAAAGUCAACAAAAUCUUGCAUUUCAGGCAGAAAACUCAUCCAGCUAAGAAAGGAUCAGAACUUGAUCUGUAUAAUAAAGCGUGGGUGGCUGCUUCAUUGAAAACUUGAAUUUAAAGAAAAGAAGGUCACAGACCAGGUUUAGACAGAAUAAUCAUGUUUGUGUUCUGCUUCUGACUUGGUAGAUGUUUCUCGCUUCAACAGCGGAUGUGUGAUUUAACUGAAAAAGCUUCUGAUUUUCCAUCACAGAAUCCACUGCUGAACCUUUGGCUCCUUUUACUUUUUAUUCUGUAAUUGCAGUGUACAGAAUGUUUAUAAUUACUUAGAAAAAAAAAAAAAAACACUGUGUGUAUAGAGAGUAAUGUACAGGCUUGUGGAAUGUGAUUUAAUGCAUUUGGUGUCCCUUUUUUAAGCUUCUCGUGUGUUAUAUUCUUAUUUUUGCAUGAAUAUCUUUGUAUCAUAUCAAACCUAAUGUUAUUGUAGCUAAGCUUCUGAGGUCAACCAACAAAUCUAUGUACAAUAUUUCAAAAAUGGGAACAGUUAAAGUAAUAUUUAUAGUUAUUUAAAACAGUUUUAUGUAUACUACUAUGUAUGCAGACUAAAAUUAAAACUUCUUUGAGCAUGUGAAAACAAGGCUUCAUAGAUAGU